UGUGCCGUAUGAACAUGUAUGUGCCGUAUGAACAUGUAUGUGCUGUAUGUGGCUCCUGCAGCUCUCGGCCUGGAUCUGGAGCAACCGGACUACGACAUGGACUCUGAGGACGAGACGCUGCUGAACAGACUGAACAGGAAGAUGGAGCUCAGGCCUCUGCAGUUUGAGACCAUGGUGGACCGGCUGGAGAAGGCCAGCACUCACCAGCUGGUGUCGCUGUCGGAGGCGAAGCUGCUGCUGAACGAGGACGACUACCUGCUGAAGUCGGUGUACGAUUACUGGGUGAGGAAGAGGAAGCACUGCCGCGGCCCGUCCCUCGUUCCUCACGUCAAGCAGGAGAAGCGGGACGGGUCGACCAACAGCGACGCCUACGUGGCCUUCAGGCGGCGGACCGAGAAGAUGCAGACGAGGAAGAACCGGAAGAACGACGAGGCGUCCUACGAGAAGAUGCUGCGGCUGAGGAGGGAGUUCAGCCGGACCGUCACCAUCCUGGAGAUGAUCAAGAGGAGAGAGAAGUCCAAGAGGGAGCUGCUGCACCUCACGCUGGAGGUGGUGGAGAGGAGGUAUCAGAUGGGAGACUUCAGCGGAGACGUCCUCAGAGAGGUGUCCGUCCCCCUGCUGGAGAAACCGGCUCACAACACUCCGUUCACUCUGAACAACUGCAGCCGACACAAGAGUGACUUCAGGACCAAGGUACAGAAACCACGUCGGGUCGUCUCUGGACAGGUGUCGGGUUUCAUCCAGGUGAGUCCAGUUGGUGUGCAGGUGUUGAGUGUAAAUGUAGGUGGACUGACAUCACAGCUGAAGGUUCCUCAGAGUGACUCGACCAACUCAGUGAACAGAAAUGAUGUGCGUUUGUUUCUGAAGCCUCGUACGGAGCAGGCGGGUGGAGACAGCAGUCCGGAGCUCGUCCCGCCGUGUCUCCGUCACUCUCUGACUGAACUGUCUCUGCCUCCUCAUUGGAUGGGACUGAGCCGGCGCCGGAUAGGACGAGGGGGCCGGAUCAUCCUGGACCGGGCCUCCUGCGCUCUGGACCCGACCCUGCAGCAGCCGGACUCUUUAACGCAUCCGGUGAGCAGGACCAGAACCAGGACCGGUACCUGUCUCCUCGGCGACCCGUUGAGUCCGGACCAGAGGCCCCCGCUGAGCUCAGGAACCACCUGCCCCUCCCUGGCUGAAGUCCUCAGCAACAUCCAGAGCCUGAGGAGGUUCUGCUUCAGACCCAGACCGGCUCAGGACCACAGAACCACCGGAUCCACACCUGAGGACAGCAGACUCACCUGUCGGCUGUCACCUGACCUCAGCUGUGGACCAGCAGGAGGCAUCACUGAGGAGCAGUACCACAGUCACCAGCAGCAGCUGGUCCAGAUGCAGAAACAACAGCUGGAGCAGCUGCAGCUACAGAACAACACUUUUUCAUACAGACACACAGCGCUGCACACGACACAGUCCUGCAGGUCCAGUGAGUCCAGUUCGAAGACUCUGGACUCGGCCACCGCCCAGUUUGCAGCCUCGGCUGUGAUCAGCACUCCUCCGCCUCCUCAUGGUGCCAUCAGCAGCGAGAACAAACCGUACAGGAGCAGCAUGAACGGAGUCCAUCCUUCAGGUCCCUCCAGGCCUCCAUACUCCUCCUCCAUCAGCAGGGCGGGGCUUUCAGCUCGAGGGUCACUGUCCUCUUCGUCCUCCUCCCACCAGUCCCUCCCCAACCAGAGGAGCCAGGUGGGCGCCGUCUCCCCCGCCCACCCCCACGCUUCUCCUCCGUCUUCAACCGACGAUGAGAACAACCCCGAUGGCUUCUUCGUCUUCAGGAGGAAAGCCGGCUGCCAGUAUCUGCCGCAUGACAUCACCUUUCAACAUGACGAUGCCCAACCUCAUGCUGCCCGCAUCUGCAUGGAAUUCCUUCAAACAGAGGACACUGAAGUUCUGGACUGGCCUGCAUAUUCACCAGACAUGUCCCCAGUAGAGCAUCUUUGGGAUGUUCUGGAUAGGCGUGUCUGGGACCGUGUUCCAGUUCCAGGCGAUGUGGAUCAGCUCCGUGUGGCACUCCAGGAGGAAUGGAGUAACAUUCCAGGAGCCACCACAGACAAUCUGAUCAACUCCAUGUGA